CAUAUAAUCGCAAAUCUGAUCUUUCCUGUCUUCUGGUUUCGGAGAAAUGUACAUGGUAUACCUACUUUUACCGAAGGGGUCAUUUUGACCAUUCGAAUUAAUUUUAUUAUAUCUGCCACCACAUUUUCAUUUAUUCGCUUACUUUCUUUUAUUCCAUAAUUUUAUUGCAUUUGGCAACACGCUUUUUCGUUUUUUCCACUUUUUAUGUGGUUGAUGUGUGUUGCAAAACCGGUUUUUUGGACGAGAAGCUAUUAGAGAAGAAAACAACAUUGGUGGGAACUAUUCGGGGAAAUAAAAUAGAACUGCCGAAAAUUGCAAAACAAAAAACAAAUGAUUUGCCUCGUUUUUCAAGUUUAUUGUAUAAAUCAAGUAAUUGUACACUUACAAUAUACAAAAGCAAAGCAACUAGAAAUGUUCUUCUUAGUUCCAAGCACAAUUCCAUCAAUAUUGAAAAAAAUAAAAGAAAAUUACCCGAAUCAAUAGCAUAUUAUAAUAACACCAAGUACGAUGUUGACAUGACAGAC